ACUGCCCUUUCCCGACAAAGUGUUGUCAGAGCUUCCCAACUGAAUCCACAAGAUGUGCAAGCUAUCGAAUGUGCUCAACUUUAUUAUCUGCAUAGCCAACUUUAGUCAAAGCUUCGAUGGAGCCCUGGCCCUGAAGAGGGGACCCCACCAUCCGCGAGGCGAGACCCGGCGCGUGGAUCAGCAUCUCACCCACGAAGAGCAUCGCAUCGACGAUGAUCUCAAGGAAAUGGGCGUGCAGGCCAACCUGGACGACCUCAGCGAGGAAGAGAAGAUAUUCUAUAUGUUCAAGGCCCACGACAAUGACAAUAAUAACGCGCUGGAUGGCCUGGAGAUGAUACAAUCAGCCAUGCAUCACAACUACGACUACUUCAAGAACAGCGAACGGGACGAGUACUUGCAGAAUGCCACCGACGAACUAGAGCACUUUAUAGAGGCCAUUGAUAAGUUUCUGCUGAUUGCCGACGACAAUAACGACGGGCUCCUGCACUACCCGGAGUUCGUGAAGGCCAUAUCCGGGGGCAAGGAGCAGCCGGGCCUGGACAGGAAUCUGUUGCGCUAGAGGGAAGGGGCAUCGCAUCAUCCGCAGUAGAAACAAUAAUAGUUGUAGACUAGUCAAAUACAUAUAUAUUUAGCAACUAAUUUCUGAUUUCCAAGCUGAACCUUUUGAGACUGUACACCACAAGCCACCAGCCAAACUCGGUCCCGGCCAGGCAAUGCACUAACCUGCACUUCAUUUGUACUGCAACAUAAUAAAAUACAUUUAAAGAUAAACAUAAA